AUGGCGGGCGGGAAGGCGGCAAGCAGAGAAGUCAAUUUUAUGAAUGGAAAAAGCUCCACAUUCUCUAACGCCAGCCACGAGCGGCGGGAACAGCCUCCCACCCGCGAGCCGGGGUGUGAGGUCUGCUCGGCUGCUCUCCCUCCGCCGCAGAAAGGCUGGGUGCAGAGAGGCAGGGACAUCAAAGUGGGCCUGGUGGCUUCAUCCAAUUUGCUGGGUGCUCCUUACCUCUAUCCAGCUUUGGGGGCCAGACAGAAGAGUGUCUGCCAGUCACUCAACACUCAGCCACUGCUGGAAAAGCAAGCAAACAUUGCAAAGACCGUGCAGCUAUCUCAGGCCUUAAAUGGAGUUUCAGAUAAGGCAAAGGAAGCGAAGGAAUUUCUGGUCCAGCUCAAGAACAUACUGCAGCAGAUCCAGGAAAAUGGACUGGACUACGAAGCCUGCCUGGUCGCUCAGUCCGAUGCCCUGGUUGAUGCUUUAACUUGGCAGAAAGCCAAGCUGCUCACCAAGGUCACAAAGGAGAGGGAACAUAAACUGAAGACGGUCUGGGACCAGAUCAACCACUGCACGCUGAAGCUGCGCCAGGCCACCGGGCUGAUGGAGUACUGCCUGGAGGGGAUCAAGGAGGACGACCCAGCUGGCUUCCUGCUGAUCUCAGAUGCUUUGAUCAAGCGUGUCCAGGUGUCCCAGGAGCAGUGGAUCAAAGGCACCUUGGAGCCAAAAGUGUCAGCGGAGUUUGACCUACUGGACAGUGAGCCACUGCUGCAGGCCAUCCAUCAGCUGGACUUCCUCCAGAUGAAAUGUAGGGAUCCUGUGCCACCCGUGCCCCUGCUGCAGCUGGAGAUGUGCUGUACCCGCAAUAACAGUGUCACGCUGGCCUGGAGGAUACCUCCCUUCACCCACAGCCCUGUGGAUGGCUAUAUCCUAGAGCUGGACGAUGGCGCUGGGGGGCAGUUCCGGGAAGUGUAUGUGGGCAAGGAGACGCUGUGCACCAUUGAUGGGCUCCACUUUAAUAGCACCUACAACGCCCGGGUCAAGGCUUUCAACUCCUCUGGUGUCGGGCCCUACAGUAAAACGGUCGUCCUGCAGACGUCUGAUGUGGCCUGGUUUACAUUUGACCCCAACUCUGGGCACCGGGACAUCAUAUUAUCCGAUGACAACCAAACAGCCACCUGCAGCAGCUAUGAUGACUGGGUAGUGUUGGGCACGGCCGCGUUCUCCAAGGGUGUGCACUACUGGGAGCUGCAUGUGGACCCCUACAACAGCCAUCCAGGUCUCGCCUUCGGGGUGGCCAGGGCCAGUGUGGUCAAAGACAUGAUGCUGGGCAAGGACGACAAGGUCUGGGCCAUGUACGUGGACAACAACCGAAGCUGGUUCGUGCAUUGCAACUCCCACACCAACAGGACGGAAGGAGGUGUGUGCAAGGGGGCCACCGUUGGUGUGGUGCUGGACCUGAACAAGCACACCCUGACCUUCUUCAUCAAUGGGCAGCAGCAGGGCCCCACGGCCUUCAGCCACGUGGAUGGGGUUUUCAUGCCGGCCCUCAGCCUCAAUCGCAACGUGCAGGUCACCCUGCACACAGGACUGGAAGUGCCAACAAGCCUGGGGAGGCCAAAGCUCUCAGGCAACUAGUUCCCAGCUCAGCAUCCAGCCCGGCCUGUGACUGAGCUCCCCGCUAUCCUUGUGCAGCUCAAAUAACCCACAAGGGCAGGAUGGGAAGGUCAUGGGUGCAACCCUGCAGUCCUGGAAUAUCUUAGAGACAUGUUUCCUUUGGGGGAUGGGGAGUGGGUCUGCAGGCCAUUCCACUCAAAUGUCACAAAUGCAACAAAAAAGGACCUUUCUCAAGGGAGUGAGGAGGCUUUCACAUUUUGGCUUUGUUUCCUGCCUUCUGUCUUCAAAGGUUGUCUUUUUUUUGGAGGGAGAGAGGAAGGCAGACUUUGAGAUUGGCCUUCUGAGAGCAGGUGUCAGGGAGCUGUCCGUGUGUAUGGUGAUCCCAGAUGCCCAAGGGUUAGCUCCCUGCUGGGACAUCCUUCCUCCCCAGAGCACCUAGGCUGCGGGUUCUCAUCUUUGCUGGGAAAGUUCACCUCCAGUUUCCUGGUCCUGGCGUCUUUAGUAUGAUCUGCUGCUUGCAGACCUAAUUUGGGGUUGAUAUGAAGGGGUGUUAAUCAUCAAUGCUUGAGUUUUCCUGCCUCACUGAACUAUUGAGAACCUUCUAAAUCUCUUCCUUAGGCCCUUUGUUAAUCAACCAAUCGGUGUGACAGUCUGCUGAAAUUCUUUCAUUACUUAGUUCUUAGAUUUUAAACACAAACGAAAACACCUGAAUUUUAACGCCUAUGUGAUGAGUCUUCACCUGGUGGUGGCUUCUUUCUGGAAGUGGCCCUCUAAGACGUUAAUUAAACACAUAUCCAAGUUGCUCUUCUAAGCUGUACCACUCUCAGACUCAGAAGUUCUUAUGAUGUGCCACCCUGGGAAAGCUGCUCACAGCUGGUCCACCCUGUGUUUCGAAUCCAACACCCUCCCCCCACCAUCAUGAAAGCAACACAAACACAAAUGGCCCGCUGGCUGGCAGGCAGGCCUGGCUCUGCCUUCAUGGGGUGUCAUGACCCUUGGAGAAGGCAGGAAGCAGAAGGGCACUAUUGUCUCCCAGAAUGGGAGUGCCCGGCUCCACAUGCCAGGCAGGGCUGCUCUCCUCCUUCCUGGCAACACCAACCUUCUCUCUAAGAUUGGUUCUCACUGAGGCAUCCCCACCUCUUGGAGACACCUUUCUCCAGGGGCUCUGUUCCCGGAGAUCCCUCCUCUCCUCUCUUCUUUCUUCAUCCCUGCCACUUGCCACCUCCAGCCCUACCUGGUAAUAACCUUUCUCUCUCCUUUUUAAAAGAGUGUAUUUUAUCUAUGUAGCAUUUUAUCUCUGAGGCUGGGGAAUAAUUCACCUAUUUGCUGGAUUGGAUGUUCUU